AUGCAACUGGGUGGAGACAAGACGGCCGAACAGGUGAGGAGCAAGAGGAGAAACCUGAGUAUCAACAUGGCCAGCGAUAGCUCACACGAAGCUGAGGACGAGGAGGACGCUCCGGCGCCAAACCUCGGACCUCAGGCUGCACAGUCCUCGUUACCGUCACCUCAGAUCCAGUCUUCAGACAGGAUCAGGGAAGUACUGGAGUCGUGGGGUGACAGAGAGGGUGGCGAGGAGGUGAGAGCUAUCGCUGCUUGGAUCAGGGACGCAGAUCAGGACCCUUUACUGAUCGAAUCCUCAGCGUCUGACAUCAUUUCGAAGCUAGGUAGGAGGGUGGAGGGGGCCAGGGUGGCCCGGCCGCCCGUUCGCGAACGUAACCUGGGGACGGACUGGGAAAGGCGCCUUUCCCGGCGAAAGCGUGAGUUCCGAGAGUGCCAAUAUUGGUACUUGAGGGACCAGGCUAGGCUAGCAGCACGGAUCCUCGAUGGUGCUGAGAGCCAGGAAUGCGCAGUGCCGGCCGACCAGAUCUACGAAGCGUUUCGUGAGAAAUGGGAGGUAGGCGAGCAAUUCCAUGGACUGGGUGAGUUCCGAACGGGGACGGUCGCAGACAACGGUGAGUUC